AUGACCAAUAGUACCGAUACUCAAGCGCCGCUGCCGUCCAGUGUAGUGGCGGUGGUUGUCAUUGGCAUCUUUCUACAUUCUCUGUUUCGGGUCUACAGCCGCAUCAAGCCAACGCCUGUGGAUGAAUCCUUGCCCGGACCAGAAAGACACCAUUUUCUUGGAAUCCUCAAGUUCUUUCUUAAAAAUGCUAGCAACGUCCAGGAGGUCAUUCUCGAAACAACCCAAAAGCACCAGUGCACAUGGGGAGGACCAAUGCCCAAUUUUGGAGUCUCACAAGGGCCCUACUUUUGUGUCACGAACGAAAAGAACAUUGAACACAUGCUUUCCGGCAACUUUGAAAAUUAUGAAAAGGGGGAUCAUAUUCGAAGUACAUUUCGGGAACUCGUGGGGAAUGGGAUCUUUGUGGCCGAUGGCCCAACUUGGUAUCGCCACAGAAAAAUCACCUCUCGGAUGUUUUCCACCAAUCUACUAAGAGAGUCGUCCAAAGUUACAUUGAAGAAAGUGCAAGAGCUUUCAGAUGUUUUGCAGAAGGCCCAGAACACCGGAAGACAAGUGGAUGUUCAAGAUCUCUUCUUUCGCAUGACUUUUGAUAUCACAUCCAUUGUGGCCUUUGGAGCGGAAUACGGAAGCUUGAAUAAUGAAACUCAGCAUCCUUUUGCACAAGCAUUUGAUGAAAUGCAGACACUCAUGAUUCAACGAGUGACCGAUCCUUUCUUUGAUUUCAAACGAACCUUACAUAUUGGCCAGAGAGAAAGGAGGAUUCGUGAGCUCAAGGUCGUCCUUGAUGAGAAUGCCAACGAAAUUGUCCAGGCACGAAGGCGUACAUCCAAGGAUGGGAACCUUGGUCCUGACAUUCUCAGUCGAUUCAUUGACUAUUCCAACAAGCAUGACGAUCCAAUUUCAGAUGUGGAGCUGAGGGAUGUCAUUAUGAAUGUAAUGGCUGCUGGUCGGGACACCACAGCUGCUGCUCUCUCCUGGUCUCUCUUUGAGCUUAUCAAGCAUCCCGAAGUUGCGGAGAAGAUGCUGCAAGAAGCAAAUGAAGUUUGUGGCAAGGUAGACCAUGACACUGACGGGGAUUAUUCCUAUGAUACUAUUGGCAAGUUGAAAUACAUUGAUGCUGUUGUCAUGGAGGUUCUUCGAUUGCACCCCUCUGUUCCAAAGGAGGUAAAAUAUGCUGUCAAUGAUGAUGUUUUGCCCGAUGGAACCUUCAUUCCCAAGGGAUCCAUGGUGAGCUUUCCACCAUAUACCAUGGGAAGGAGCAGGCAUGUUUGGGGCAGUGAUGCUGGUGAGUUCAAGCCUACAAGAUUCUUGGACCAGAAAGAGCCAUCAGCUUUUAAAUUCACAGCCUUCAAUGCAGGAAAGAGGUUGUGUCUUGGGAAACCCAUGGCCCUCAACACACUCAAGUUGACACUGGUGUAUUUGGUUCAAAGGUUUGAGUUCCAAGACACGAGAGGACAUGAUGGUUCCCUUCAGGGCUUUUCAUUAAUUGCCAAGAUGAAGGGUGGCUUUCCCAUGCAAGUCACAUUGAGGCAAACAGAACAUAGCCAAUAG